UACUAGGAUUACCUUUAGUAUGUGAUAUCCCUUAAGAGCCUACAUACAGAUUGUAAUCAGAACCUUGAAUCAGAUUAUUACAUUAUCUUUGUAUCCUCCAGCAGUCCGACUAUAACAACCACCGUCAUCACCACCAGCUAUCACCAUCAGUCCAUCACACAACAAAUCCAGCCCCUGCUCUGUUCCUCCGUCCAUUACCCUAUCUUUUCCAUACAUCGUCGGCUGAUAUCAAAAGACCAUGUCAUCUUCAGGGUUAGACCUCAAAAAGUAUCUAAUUCCACUGGAAGAGAUCAAGCAUGCCACCGAUGACUUCAGUCCGCAUAGAUGUAUUGGAGGAGGUGGAUUCGGCAAGGUCUACCAAGGACAACUCUCCACACAAGGGCAAAACUGCAUAACUGCUAUCAAACGCCUAGAUCAAGAUAGCUACCAAGGAGAGCAUGAGUUCCGCAAUGAGCUUGAGAUGAUCUCCAGAUUCCAACAUAAAAAUAUCAUCCGUUUUUUUGGUUACUGUGAUGAAGGCAAAGAGAUGAUUAUCAUUUAUGAGUAUGCUACUAAUGGAAGCCUCGAUCAUCACCUUGAAGAUCCAAAUAAGAGGCGUUGCAUAACAUGGAUACAACGAUUACAGAUUUCCAUAGGAGCGGCAAGAGGACUCGGUUACCUUCACUCGGGUCUUGGAGAGCACAACAGAGUGAUCCACAGAGACAUUAAGAGUGCAAAUAUAUUGUUAGAUGAGAAUUUGGUUGCAAAAAUUUGUGAUUUUGGUUUGUCAAAAUUGGGUCUCAGAAAUCAGCCAGAAACCCAAAUCUAUACAAAGGUUGCAGGUACCCAGUUUUAUUUGGAUCCCACUUACCAUGAAAGCGGCAUCCUCCAUAAAGAAUCGGACGUUUACUCAUUUGGUGUGGUGCUUUUUGAAAUGCUGAGUGGGAUGCUGGUUUAUAGUAGACGAAACAUUGGAGAUGAUAAGCCGCAAUCUCUCAUAAAUUUUGUCAGGCGAUACUAUCACACCAGCCUCGACAAGUUGAUUGAUCCCUAUAUAAAGGAUGAAAUUGAUAGCCGUUCUUUCGAAACGUUUAAAGAAAUCUCAUAUCAGUGCAUCAGUUUCAAUCUAAUGGAACGCCCUACAAUGGACACAGUCAUUGCUAGGCUUGAGGAAGCGUUGUCGUAUAUCCAAAUUCCGGAUGUACAGAACAACCUUGGGCAACAGGAUCACAUGAUUCCUGUCAACAAAGAAUAUGUACAGAAGGAGAUGGAUAAGAUCAAUCUAGAUGAUAGUUCUGGUUCUAAUGAUCAUAUUCCUAUCAAUGAAUCUUCCAAGAUAAUAAGAGUAGAUGCUGAAAAAAUUCAAGCUUUGAACCAAGUUAGAAGGAAAAAGAUUAAAGAUGAUCUCAAAAACCAACCAUUGAUCAAAGUUCCAAAGAUUAAGAGGCCAACAAAACCAUUUACUCGAAUUCAAACAGGUACUAACCCAACUCCUAUUCAGUAUGUCAUUCCAAAAGUACCACCUCCUCAACAAGCACCUCCAACAAAAAAUGUACUUAAAGGCAUUGUGAUUGGUGAAUCCAGUCCAACUCCUCCACCCGAAACAACUGCUGGAUCUUACAAAGACAAAGACAAGGAUAUAGUCAUUGAAAUUCUGAAGAAAAGCUAAAAAAAAAAAAAAAAAAAUUGACGAUAUAUGAUGAAGAUGCUCAGCUUGCCAAAGUUCAUAAUGAGAACCUUGGUAGUCGAAUUGCAUGCCUAUUUUAUUUUUAUAGGUAGGUUCCCGUAAAUAACACCUGUUUAAGGAGUUAUUAUUUGAUUACAACACCUAAUAAUAUUUAAUUAUUUAAAGACAAAUGUUUCCUGAUUAUAAGGGUUUUAGGGUAUCAUUUGGAAACUCUAUAAGGAUAUUUAAUAUAUCCAUUUGGAUGUCAAGUUUUAUUGAUUCUUCAUCUUUCUCUUCUCCUAUGUAACCUAAUA